GUCACUGUUGAAGCGGACAGUGCUGUGGGGAACUAAACUUUUGAGUAAAUACUACCUAAAAUAAAAUACUAGAAAAUGUCAUUUUAAAAUAUAAGACACCUUAAUGAUUGAUGAAAACGCUGUAUGGGAGAGAUUAAGAUAUAUCCGUUAUUUAAUCUCAGUAACAUCGUCUAUUAUCAACUAGCAUAACCUUCUGUAUGUUUACAAAACCUAAACAAUUCAGAUAGUUAUUUGGUCAUUUUUGUUCAAGGCCGCCACUGACCGUCCUUGUGGAUAAAGAUGGAUGUUUCGACUUGUUUGAAGUCUCUUCUGCUGGCCAUCCGUCAGUACAGAAAUAACAAAAGCGCUUUAAAUGCAUCACAGCUGCAGAAACACAUUGAAGAUGUUUGUGGGCUGAAAUGUAGUGGCGUGCUGUUCUCAGGUCAGGUGCUGCCCAGCGAGUGUCUGAGUGGACUCAUGGAGGUAGCUGGAGACCCCAACACCAAUCACACACUGACGGGGACCAUUAUUUCCCUGCUGGCACAGUUUGCAGCUGCUGAUGGUGAGGCCAAAGAGGCUCUUCACAGCAGUUACAACUUCACUGGCACUCUGGCAGCCAUAAUUCACUGCAACAGAACCACACCAGAAGAGCCUCUUGUGCUGCAGUGCCUUAAUGUGCUGCAGCGACUGACCUACAACGUGAGGACUCUGCAUUGUGCCUCUCACAUCCAAGAACUCAUCAGCUUUCUGAUGCAUCACGUCCAGUCAAGUAAUGAUGACAUUGUAAAGGCAUGCCUGGGCCUGAUGGCCAACCUCUGUCGACACGACAUUUCAGUGCAGUCACACAUCAAAUCGCAGAGUAAUGUGAAGGCUUUCUACAGAGCCUUGAUUAAUUUCCUGGGUCAUAACUGUUUGACUGUGGUCGUCUUUGCGCUCUCCAUUUUAUCAAGUUUGACUCUUAAUGAAGAGGUUGGGCAGAAGCUGUUUAAUGCAGAGAACAUCCAUCAGACCUUUCAGCUAAUUUUUAAUAUCACAGUCAACGGAGAUGGCACGUUAACCAGGAAUUAUGCUGUGGACUUGUUAGUGGAUCUCCUGAAAAACCCCAAAAUUGCUGAUUACCUGACCAAGUAUAAACACCUAUCAGUCUGUCUGUCUGAGGUUCUCGGGCUCUUACACAGCAAAGAUCCUGAUACUGCGUCAAAGGUUAUGGAGUUGCUGGUUUCUCUGUGCUCAGUUCCUGUCCUGCGUAAGCUCGUCUGCAAGACGGUGCUUCGAACUCCAGCCCCUCGAAUACAGCCUGGUACUAGAAAAGGUGUCCAGGCUCGAGGGUCUGAACCAAGUUUAGCACUUGUCCACUGGGUCACUUCACCUCUGGAUGGUCCAGAUCAGUGCUACAUGCAGGCUCUGUCCCUGCUGACUGAGCUUUUUGAAGAGGCGAUUGAUUCCUCUCUGUGCAGCUCAGCUCAGUCGUUUGUGGAGCUGCUACUACAGGAAGUGUUGGUUUUGCUGCAGUCUCCAGACUCCACUGAAGGAGACCACCUGCUAAAGAAACACUGUCUGCGUGCAGGCCGUGUCGUUGACUUUCUGCUAGUGCUUUGCGGCGAUGAUGCUCUGAGGAUGCUGGUAUCCCGGCGGCUCAGUCCUGAAGUGUGUGUCUCACAGGUGGAGCUUCUGCUAUCCUACUGUCAGGACCUUGCUGGGUCCACCUGCACUACCUCCAACCACCAUCUCAGUCAGCUGUGCUCUGAGGUGGUGUUGAAGACUCUGGAACUGAUGAGCCACCUCAAGCAGCAGAUGCCAGACAUGGAAACUUCCAUCUACAGGAUCUUACAGGACAAGCGCAUGGUGACACCUCUCUCAUUAGCUCUGACCUCGAGCCGCAGAGAGCAUGUGCAGGUAGCACUUCGCAUACUAUUUGAAGCGGCCCCACUCCCUGACUUCCCCUCUGUCAUUCUAGGGGACAGUAUUGCUGCCAAUAAUGCAUAUCGUCAGAGGGACGGCGAGUUGUCGAUCCGAAGCAGUUCUGCUAGUGAAGAUGUGACCUUCGUUGUUAAGAGUUUUCCCGUGACGCAUGCUGAACCCUCUGAUUCUGCUUACCACAGUAUCGACAGCCUCAUUGAGAAGCUUCAGAACGGAGUAGAGUUACAGGAAAAAGUGAAAGAUGUACACAUGUCAGAGAUCAUUGAUGUGUAUGAGCAGAAGCUCUCUGCACUAGCGUGUAAAGAGAGCCGUCUGCAGGACCUUUUGGAGGCCAAAGCACUCGCACUGUCACAGGCUGAUCGACUUAUUGCCCAGUACCGCUGUCAGAGAGCUCAGGCGGAAGCUGAGGCACGUAAAUUAGCCUCUCUUCUGAAAGACACAGAGCGGAGGAAAGAGGAUCUGCAGACGGAGUUGAAUGAUCAGCUGUUGGAGGUCGAGAGGCUAAAAUCUGACAGCCAGCAGCUCCUGGAGCACAACGGCCGUCUGCAGGCAGUCGUUGACCAGCAUCAGGAGCUGAAGGGCACCUAUAACCAGCUGCUCAGUAGGUAUGACAAGAGUGAAGGGAUGCUGAAGGAACUGCAGGCUGCCCAUAUCUCUCUUACCCAGCAGGCAGAGGGGCUGAGAAAGACCAAUGAGGGAUUAAAACUCCAACAGGAGAGGACUCUUGCAGACAUUGCAGAAAAAGAACAGCAGAUAAAGGGCCUAAAGACAGAUGUGUUGGAGAAAGACAAAAAUAUAGCAGGUCUUCAGAAUGAGGUGAGAAGACAAGAAGAGCAGAUUCAUGAGAUGGAGGAGAAUAUUUCCAUUCUCAAGAAAGAGCUUAAUAAGACAGAGCAAGCCAGGAAGGACAGCAGCAUCAAGGCUUCCUCUCUGGAGCUGCAGAAGUCCCAGCUGAUGGCCAAGCUGGAGAAGAUGGAGGAAGAGCUGAGCAAACACACGCAAAUGAUCGCCAUGAUACACAGUCUCAGCAGCGGCAAACUCAAGGGCGACGUCACCGCCAACCUCUCUCUGUGAUAUGCACACGUUCUCAUGUACACACCAUGCUUAAUGAAAUGAAAAUAACUUAUUUUAUCUGUGUUUUGUCACUUUUAAUCUGUACACUUUGUAUGUUUUCUUACCUUCAUGUGCUUAUGAAUGAAUUAACUGUGGACAGAACAUUAAUCUGCUUCCAUUUUGGAUUACAUUCAUUUGAAAUGAUUUUAGACUGAAAUUAUUCAGCUAUUAAUGUAAUGUGUAGAAUUUAAAAAUGUCCAUCUUUGUCCACCAGAGGGCACUGUACGGACUUUUUAAAGAUUUUGAGACACUAUUUUAAACUUUUUCCCCUUUUUGUUUUUCAAUAAACAAGAAAUUUUCCCCCUUA